GCCAAGGAGAGAUACACAAAUGGAUCAUAACUGUAAUUCGCCAAGAACACCGAGUUUUCGGCAAAGGAAACGCUCAAAUGAGAUUCCUGCAGAGAUAAACAAAUCAAAUGGAAACAUUUUAUUGGUGGAUGAUAAAUAUAAAUACAGAUCAAUGUGGAUUCGUGCAUACUCAUCUCUGUGGAUGUUAGCUAGUGUCUCACUCAUCAUUUACUUAGGUCAUCUUUACAUCUGGGCCAUGGUUGUUGUUAUCCAAAUAUUCAUGGCCAGUGAGCUCUUCAAUCUACUUACAAGAGCAACUCAAGAUAGACGUCUCCCGAAGUUUAAGUUCUUGAACUGGCACUUUUUCUUCACAGCAAUGCUUUUCGUAUAUGGCCGUAUUCUCAGUCAGCAACUUGUGAAUACUGUGACCUCGGACAAAUUCUUGUAUAGGCUUGUGAGCAAUCUGAUCAAGUAUCAGAUGGUUAUAUGUUACUUCCUAUAUAUUGCAGGUUUUGUAUGGUUUAUUCUUUCAUUGAAGAAAAGAUAUUACAAGUACCAGUUUGGCCAGUAUGCAUGGACACAUAUGAUACUCAUCGUUGUGUUUACCCAGUCUGCGUUCACUGUAGCCAACAUAUUUCAAGGAAUAUUCUGGUUUAUUUUCCCUGCAUCCCUAAUUGCUAUGAAUGACGUUGGCGCAUAUUUCUUCGGUUUCUAUUUUGGGAGAACACCUCUGAUCAAGCUUUCUCCAAAGAAAACAUGGGAAGGUUUCAUUGGAGCAUCUGUUGCCACUAUGAUUGCUGCGUUUACAUUUGCCUACUUCUUGGGUCGCUUCCAAUGGCUAACAUGUCCAAGGAAGGACUUAUCAACUGGUUGGCUUCAGUGUGACCCUGACCCAAUAUUUAAGCCAGAGUACAUUCCAUUGCCAGGACUGAUUUCUCAUUCUCUUCCUUGGAAAGAGAUACCAGUUUUGCCAGUACAGUGGCAUGCCUUGUGGUUGGGACUAUUUGCGUCAAUCAUAGCACCAUUUGGAGGUUUUUUUGCCAGUGGUUUCAAAAGAGCUUUUAAAAUCAAAGACUUUGGUGACAGUAUACCGGGACAUGGUGGAUUUACAGACAGAAUGGACUGUCAGAUGGUAAUGGCUGUUUUUGUCUACAUUUACCAUCAAUCAUUUGUCGUCGUCGAAGACUAUUCAGUAGAAAUGCUUUUGGACCAGAUAUUGAGGAACCUUGGUUCAGAGGAGCAGCUGUCUCUCUACGCAAAACUCGGACAUAUAUUGCAAGAAAGGCGUUUAUGACAAGUUCACUCUACACUUAAUAAGAGCAUGCUUCAAUUGGUGUUAUAUCUGUAGAUGAAGA